AUGACGCUGACCCUGGUGGAGGUAACCGGGGGGGCUGUAAUCGUUAAGGUUGUGGAAGUUGUGGAGAUUAUAGUCAAAGUUGUGGUCACGGUACUGACAGCCACAUCAUUCGGCGCAGUUGAUUCACUCGUUGAAGCGCCUGGUGGGCUGGUCGUGCUUGUGUCAGGGUCGGUCUCCGAACCAUCACCACUUCCAGACCCCGCAUCGCUGGAUGAACCUGAUCCAUUAUUCGACCCUGUGGACCCAGCCCCUCCACCAGAGCUGGAGCUGGAGCCUGUGCUAGAACCUGAGCCUGAGCUAGAAUCUGAGCCUCCACUGGUAUUGCUGCCAGAAGCCGAUCCAGUCCCACUGUCAUCGCCAGUCGAUGAGCCUCCCGAACCAGUGUUCCCCGUCGUUCCCGAACCAUCACUGCCAGAUGCCCCCGCGCUAUCAGAAGUCGGGCUAGCGCCCGAGCCAGUACUUGAUCCAGAGGUGCCAGAGCCAUCGUCACUGCCUGGCCCCGAUGUGCUGGCGGUCCCUGGAGAGGUGCUGCUCGAAGAGGUGCCACUCCCGGUGGACCCUGAAGCCCCAGGCGACAGCAUGUUUCCACUGGUGCUAGAUGCGUCGCUUGAAGUCGUGCUGCUCGAUGGCGUACUGCUUGAGGACGUGCUACUCACGUUCGACCCCGUGGCUGCAGGCGAGGCGCCAUUAGAGCUGGAUGUUACGGGAUCUCCGGACGUUGUGCCGCUUCCACCAGUGCCUGACGUACUGCUCGAAGAGCCGUCCCCGGAAGAUGCGUUGCUUCCGCUGCUCCCUGAACCCCCAGAGGUGGUAUCCCCGGAAGACGAGCUGCCACCAGAUGAAGUAUCCCCUGUGGGUGUGCUACUUGCAUCCUCAGUGCUUGAGGACCCGCCAGACUGGCCACUUGUGCCUGAAGACCCGCUACUACCAUCGCCAGUACUUGAAGACCCGCUAGAAACAUCGGCUGAACUGGUUGUUCCUGAACCUGACGAACCAGUACCCGACGAGCUAGAGUCAUUACCUGAGCCUGACGAGGCCGUUGUCCCUGAACCCGUUGUCCCUGAGCCUGUUGCCCCUGAGGAACCGGACCCUGAAGAGUCAGAACCAUCUCCAGUACCAUUUCCAUUUCCAUCGCCAGAGCUUGACGAGGCGGAACCCGAGCCGUCCCCUGAGCCUGAUGAGCCUGACCCUGACGAACCAGUAUCACCAGCAAAACCUGAAGACCCUGCACUUGAAGAUCCCGAGCCCGAAGAGCCAGACCCAGACGAAGCUGACCCUGACGAGCCGGAUCCUGAAGAGCUACCAGUCCCUGACGAGCUACUAAACCAGACGAUCCAGUGCCGUCGCCUGAAGCUGUCGAUCCUGACCCUGAUGAGCCAGUACCAUCACCAGUAUCACCCCCACUCGCUGACGAGUCACCAGUCCCAUCGCCGGAGCUUGAUGAGCCGGAAUCCGAGCUAUCCCCUGAACCCGAAGAGCCAGACCCGGACGAAUCUGACCCUGACGACUCAGUACCGUCGCCUGGAGUUGACGAACCAGACCCCGACGAGCCAGCGUCGUCGCCUGAGCCUGAGGAACCUGUAG